ACAAACCCGCAACUACCAUGUUCGCCCUCACCUCCGUCCCCCGAGUAGCUCUCCGAGCCUCGGCACCUGCCAAGCAGUGGGCUGCCGCUUCCCAGUCCAUCCGACAUGCCUCCACCCUCAAGGAGGCCGUCGCUGAGGCCAUCCCCAAGAAGCAGGAGCGUCUGAAGGCACUCAAGGCCAAGCACUCCAACACUUCCCUCGGUGACAUCAAGCUCGACAACCUCCUCGGAGGUAUGCGAGGACUCAAGGUCAUGCUUUGGGAGGGUUCCGUACUCGACGCUGAGAGGGGUAUCGCCUUCCACGGCAAGUCCAUCCCUGACUGCGAGAAGGAGCUGCCCUCUGCCAAGGACCUCGGCCUCAAGGGCAAGGAGAUGCUCCCCGAAUCUAUGCUCUGGCUCCUCCUCACCGGUGAGGUUCCCACUGCCGACCAGGUCCGUGGCCUCUCCGCUGAGCUCGCCUCCAAGGGCAAGCUGCCCUCGUACGUCGAGAAGAUCAUCGACUCGUUCCCCAAGACCCUGCACCCUAUGACCCAGUUCGCUGCUGCCACCGCCGCUCUGAACCACGACUCUGCUUUCUCUGCUGCCUACACCAAGGGUAUCAAGAAGGCCGAGUACUGGUCUCCCACUUUCGAUGACUCCAUCGACCUCAUCGCCAAGCUCCCAGCCGUUGCCGCCAGGAUCUACUACAAUGUUCACGGCAAGGGAGAUGGCAAGCAGGCCAUUGACCCCAACUUGGACCUGAUCGGAAACUUCUCCAACAUGCUCGGCUACGGAGACAGCGUCGGCAUGACCGACUUCCUCCGUCUCUACAUCGCCAUCCACGGUGACCACGAGGGAGGCAAUGUUUCUGCUCACACCUCACACCUGGUUGGUUCCGCCCUCUCGGACCCCUUCCUCUCUUACUCAGCUGCUCUCCUCGGUCUGGCUGGACCCCUGCACGGUCUUGCCAACCAGGAGGUGCUCGUCUGGUUCAAGGGAAUGCAAGAGUCGAUUGGUCAGGAGGCCAGCGACCAGCAGAUCGAGAAGUACCUUGAGGACACCCUCGCCUCUGGCCGAGUUGUCCCCGGUUACGGCCACGCCGUUCUGCGUCAGCCCGACCCCCGAUUCUCGGCUCUGUCUCGAUUCUACGAGCAGACACCGGAGCUGCGAGACCAGCCCCUGGUCAAGAUGGUUCAACAAGUCUCCAAGAUCGCCCCCGUUGUCCUGGGCCGAUCCAACAAGAUCAAGAACCCUUUCCCCAACGUCGAUGCCGCUUCUGGAGCCGGUCUCACCGCUUACGGUAUGACCGAGAUGAACUUCUACACCGUCGUCUUCGGUGUCUCCCGAGCUUUGGGUGCCCUGCCCAACCUGGUCAUGGCCAGGGCUCUUGGUCUUCCCAUUGAGCGACCAAAGUCGAUGUCGAUUGAGGCCCUCGAGAAGAGCCUCAAGUAAGAAUUGGAAAACAGCGUAGCUUUUGGUGCGUGCCCGGCAUGAAACGUCAGCUCCUCUCCCAGCUUGUAAUUGCCUUGGGCUCAUCUAGGGAAUUGUAGGCUUGCUUUCACAGUCGUCUACCUUUUGGUAUUGAAUGAAUAGAGUACCCUUAUCAUACGUA